AUGCACUAUAAUCUCUUUGAAGAUCUUUGGACUGAGCUUCCCUUUUGGAUUGGUGGCAGCAAUUAUGACACAUUGGCUCAUUUAGCUGAUGUUUCCUCCACCACCACCGAUCAUUUACAACAAGCACAAUUACAACAGCAACAGGAUUUCUUUGGGCUUUAUCAAGAUCCAUGCAUAGCAGGCAUUCAAUGUACUAUGAAUGAACCUAAUAACUUGGCAACGGAUCCAUUCGCUUUGAAUUAUUGCAAUUUGUCAACGUUACCAUCAACAGCAACGACGUCUGCUGCCUAUAAUAGCGCUAAUGAUAAUACGUUCAUGAUGGCAGCAAGCUCAAGUACGCCGCUCCAUUUGUUGAACCAACAACCACCACCAUUGCAACAACAACCACGUAGGCGAGUCAAGUCGAUGCCAUCUUCACAAGAUGAUUGUAUUCCACGACAACAACAACUUCGAUUCAAGGAUGAUCAAUACAGUCCUAAAUGGGUGCGUUACUCUGGUCAGCUCAAAGAAGGCUAUUGUGACACAUGUCCCGAGGGACGAUGGCUUCAGCUGAAAAAUAGUGCCUACUGGUAUCACAAGCAGUUUUAUCAUGGGAUCUCUUCGGUCACGGGUCGUCCUUUUGCUGAACCGCUCGAACAACGUGUCGGUCCAGACGGCGUCUUGCAGGGUUUGUGUCACCAAUGUAUAUGCUUUGUACCCAUAUGCAAUGGAAGGAAGCGACGAAACAGCCUUCUUUGGUACAAACAUGCUCACAAGUGUCACGCUUAUACCAAGCCUGAAAAGUUCCCAUCUCCUCCUUUUUAA